UCUCAGAGCCAAUCGUUGAUUUGUAACUUCGAUCCAAAGCGCGCACCCGAGAGCGGAGGAAAAGAGAGGACAGAAGGCGGCACAAAGACAAAUAUAGCUCAAUUAACCGAUUAUUUUGAAAUCCCGCACACAAAAAUACAGCCAGGAUGUCAGAGGAAAAGCCAAAGGAGGGAGUAAAGACUGAGAACGAUCACAUCAACCUUAAGGUUGCAGGGCAAGAUGGGUCGGUGGUCCAGUUCAAAAUCAAAAGACACACACCGCUCAGCAAACUAAUGAAGGCGUACUGUGACCGACAGGGUCUCGCAAUAAGGCAGAUCAGGUUCAGGUUUGAUGGCCAGCCUAUCAAUGAGACGGAUACACCUGCACAGCUGGAGAUGGAAGAUGAAGACACCAUAGAUGUUUUCCAGCAGCAGACAGGCGGGCACUGCUAAGCCCUCCCCACCUCAUUGACGGCCACCCUCAGACCACGCCCUCAGCCACCUUUACUGUCCCUCCCCUCCCCAUCGCUCCUCUCAGCCUAUUAUUAUUAUUAUAUUAUUAUUAUUAUUAUUAUUAUUAUUAUUUCUUCAGUUUAAAGAUGUCUGUCAUGGUUUUUCGUCAGUUGUAUGGGGAGAGGGGGCUCCUCAGCUGUUUAUGUACCGUCUCAGCCAGGACUGAACUUUUGUGCGUGUCAACAGUUUCUCUGCUGGCCAAUCAGGACAACAUUUCCUCCUGGUACCGCAUGCUGUGAUUGGACCAACAGCACGUCACAGCUGUUCCUGGUUUGUCAGUGCUUCUCAUUCACUCUCCAGUGAAAGCAUAGUAUCCAGUAGUUUGUCACGGUUUUCAUCCAUCGGGGUUGAAUGCGAUGCUCCCCAAGUUUGUGCCCGGGGUCACAGUCAGUGGGCAUGAAAAUGUUUUGAAAUGGAAGCACUAUCUGAACUUAAUACACACCCGCCUUCCAUUUCACUUUGCUUUCAUGUGUUUUUUGUCUGAACGGUGACUCCUGCUCCUCUGUCAAAAAGGUAUUUUAAUUCUCUGCAUUUUAGGUGCUUUUGCUAAGGAGUUCUGCAAUGUUUUUGUAUUUUUUUUUGUUUGUUUAUUCUUUAAGUAUUAACACCCAGGGGUCUUGUUGAUUUUCCAGUACAGAAGUAUCAGAAUGGAUAUUAGAUAAAAGUUGUGUGGCUUUUCCAAUACUCCAAAGACCGAACUUCUGUUUCAUAUUUGAUGUACUUUGAUCUCUCUAAAAGCAAACUGAAAGGUCAAAACUGUCACAUUUUAAGGGAGUUUGUAUUUCAUUAUUUGCUUCCUCUUUCAUAUCUACUUAUUAAGAAAGGUUCUCUGUGGGUAUCUGUAGUACAGACUUUUAUUCGCUCAUCCAGACAAAUUCCUAUUUAGGGGAGGGAAAUAUAAUUUCUCUUUUGGUUGGAGUUGGUUGGUGUCUUCCUGACUGCAGUUUUGCCAACAGUGAAGAUUUAUACCAAGUGGUGUUAAGUGUCUCCAAUAUUUUAAAGUUCAGAGAAUGAUGCAUGCAAUUUGUUGCAUAUCGGGAGGUCAGGGAGGCCAACCAAAAGAGUUUGAGAUAAGUGUUCUGUACCCACAGGGCCCCGUUCUUUGUAUGCAGAUAAUGGCCUAACGUAAGCUUGGAGAUUUCAGUUGGGUCAGGAUUAAAAUGUUUGUUGUUGAAGCAAGUAGUAAACCGUUUUCACAAUUUUAAUUUUCAGACAGGGCUACAUCUUUCUUUAGAGGCGCUCAUUGAUUAUUGUCAUAACUGAACAGGGUUUGAGUUAAGCAGUCAUGAAACAACAAAAUAAAAGCAAUGUCAUUUUAAAAAGUAACUUGUUUGGCGUAUUAUAAACUCCUGUUUAGACAAAUUGAUUUACUAAAGAUGCAACAUGAGCUGCAGUUGCAAUUGGCUAUAUAAAUAAAAACCAAUACAUUUAAAUAUUUGACAAAUGUUUAAAACAGUUUUAUCUGUACUGCUAUCUGCUGUGUCAAAUAUUCACUACUGUUUAUUUGGGCCCCAAUGAAUAUAUAACUACAUUUUAUUUACUACCCAACUCUCAUCCCUCACACAGCCAUUGACAACAAGCAUUUGACAAAACUGGUACAGAGAUGUGCUAAAUCUGCGUGUGAUCACUCUAUAUAGGACGUGCCUCUGCACAAGCUAAUCACAAGUAGCAAUCUUGGUUUUAGCUUUCCUGUCUCACAAAAUAAGAGCACAGUUAUCAAGACAGCCUUCACUUCCAUUUAAAGAACCGAGUUAGCUGGACAAAAAUCUUUUGAGCUGGCUAACAAACAAGCUAAGCCAUGUAAUGUACAAAGAACGGGGCCCAUUUCUUGUCAUGUUAUUUGUUUCUACUGAUUUGUACAUUAUUUGUGGUCUUUUACUACUGUAUACAAUAAAUAUAGUUUGGUACUCAGA